CAACCUCUUGUAGUGCAGGCCCUGUGGCUGAAGACAUGUUUCAUUGGCAAGCAACAAUUAUGGGUCCUCCAGAGAGUCCUUACGCGGGUGGAGUGUUUCUAGUCACAAUUCAUUUUCCUCCAGACUAUCCUUUUAAACCGCCUAAGGUACUUCAUUCUUUGACGUGACUGUUUAGUGAUGUAUUUUAAUGGAAUUCUUAUUCUUUCCUGCCUCUGCUGUAGGAUGAAUGAAAUAUGUGAAUUUUG